AUGCUGAUCGUUUUGAGGAAUGGUUUCACAACAAUUUUCAAAGGCUCAUUAAAUCUGUCGUACAGUAAAAUGGGUGAACUGAUGAAAACUGGCGAGUUUUUCAUGAUUUAUUCUGAAGUUCCUAAUAUGAGUGAGUACAAUGCUGAGUAUGCAUCAAAGCUCUCUACUAAUAGGAAAGGCUCACCAGAUGAUGACACCACAAGCAGUGGCCAGGGAGGUAAUAGCAUUGUCAGACGAUCACAUUCAACAACGAGCAUUCACCGACCAGUGAAACGGCCACCACCACUUCAAGGACAUUUUCGACGCGAUAAUACCCUUAACAGAACUGCAAAAAACUCUUGA